ACGGCGGAUUGAGUGUAUUAGAAAGCACAGAAGAAGAUGAUUUAUUAGGAAGCUUCUCAAGUGAUGAUAAUGAUAAUAAUACACCAACAUAUGAACCUCAUGACCAAAAUACGGAUACAGAACAGUCGAUUUCCAGUGCAAGUUCUAUCGGAAAUAUUUCUAAUGAAUCAGAUUCUGAAAAUUCGUACCAUGAAUCUGACGAUGAUUUACCUAUAUCUAUGAGACGCAAAUUUUUUAUUGGAAAAGACGGGAAAAAAUGGAAUAGAAAACCAAAUUUUCGUGUAAGAAUCGCGAAUUCUAAUAAAGUUACAGAAAAAUCAGGAGUUAAACUUAUAGCUAAAAGUGCAAAAACAAUUUCGGAGUGUUGGACAUUUUUUUUCAAAUGA